AUGAGUUCAAUACUUCGAAAAGUGAAAAUUGUACUCUGGGGUAAGACACCCGAUGAUCCUGAGGAAGCAAGAUUACUAGUCAAAAUUGAUUGGUUUGUGUUAUCAUUUGCCUGUCUAUUAUACUGGGUGAAUUACGUUGACAGAUUGAAUAUUUCCAACGCAUAUGUUUCGGGUAUGAAAGAAGAUUUGAAAAUGGAAGGAAACGAAUUCAAUAUAAUAAAUACAUGUUUUAAUAUUGGAUACAUUGUAUUUUUAAUACCAAAUAACUUGAUCUUGUUGAGAAUAAGGCCUCGGUAUUGGUUGACAUUCUGCGCAAUCGCAUGGGGCUUAUUAACUUUGGGUAUAUACAAGGUGACCUCUUACCGGCAAAUAUAUGCAAUUCGAUUUUUUCAAGGAGCAUUUGAAAGCUCGACUUUUGUUGGGGUUCACCUAAUUCUAGGGUCUUGGUAUAAAGAAGAGGAACUCACGAAGAGAAGUGCUAUAUUCACCUCCGCAGGACUAAUAGGCAAUAUAUUUUCCAGUACGAUGCAAAGUGCCAUUUACACAAAUAUGCAUGAUCUUAAUGGUAUAGCUGGCUGGAGAUGGCUAUUUAUUAUUGACUUUAUUAUAACAAUUCCCAUAGCUAUAUACGGGUUCAUAUUUUUUCCCGAUACACCUGAGACUAGCAAAGCAUUUUACUUCAAUGAAAAAGAAGUUCAAUUAGCUAAACUGAGAGUACACCAAAGACCUCACACAAAGCUCGAUUGGUCCAUAUUUAAGAGGGUAUUAGGAAGAUGGCACUGGUGGCUGUUUUCCAUGUUAUGGAUAUUAGGGGGUGAAAACGAGUCAUUUGGUAGUAAUUCACUUUUUGCAAUUUGGUUGCAAUAUUUUAACUAUACUGUUCCUCAUAGAAACCAUUACCCCAUGGGUGUGUAUGCUAUAGGUGUACUUGCGACAUUUGCAUUUGCAGUUUAUAUUGAUGGUACACAUGCACGAUAUCAUUGGAGAAUUGGAAUAGUGAUUGCAAUAAGUAUGGUUAUUUCGACUAUUCUACUUAUAUUAAGACCGUUAUCUGCCAGCUAUGUUUUUGCAGCUCAUUAUAUUUCUGGCAUUUCAUACGCGGGGCAAGCAACUUUCUUUGCGUGGGCUAAUAUUGUUUGCCAAGAUGAUUUAGAAGAAAGAUCAAUUGUAUUAGGAUCUAUGAAUAUGUUUAGUAAUGCAGUUAAUGCUUGGUGGUCGCUUUUAUUUUAUGUUGCAACUGAUGCUCCAAAAUUUAGAAAAGGAUGUUGGGCAAUGUUGGCAACCUGUAUUAGCAGCGUAGUGGUCGUGCUUCUUAUAAGAUAUCUUCAGUUGAGGGAAAGGAAGUAUUCCGUAUUAGACACGGUCAUAAUUAAUAAAGAUAUUAUUGAAGAACCAGAAAACUCGCUGAUAUAUACCAAGAUUGAAUUAUGA